CCGUGUCCCCAGGCCGUGAUGGGGUGAGCAGGGUGCGCGGCGUGGCCCGGGACACGAGACCGGCCCGCAGCACCCCGGCGUGAGCAGCGGGAAGGAGGGCCCGCCCGGAGAUUUAUGGCCGCAGCCGGCCCCCUGCGCACCGAGCGCGUCUCGGUCCUUUCCCAGCCAAACAGUGGAGUGGAGGACCCGACCCCGGCUGGAGGAAGAGGCCAGGGCCGGAGGCGGGGCCGAGAGGAGCUGGAAUCCAUCGGGGCUGGGCCUGGCGCAUCAGUCCCAAUUCUGCCCGCCUUGCGCCCUGGUCUCGGUGGGGUGUGGGGCGCUGGCGCCGCGUCCCUGGUCUUCCAGGCAGGUCCGGGCAGCUCCUGGCUGGGUUGGCCCGACCUAGACUUGGCGCUGUAUCGCGGCUGGGCCUGUCGCAGCGAGGGGACGGCGAACGUGGCUUUCCCGGGCACAGCCUCUCCGGGUUUUAGCCGCGCCCGCCAGACACGGGACCUGCGGAAACCGGCGCUUAAGACACCCAGCCACACGGCCUCUCAGCCGGCAGCAGAAGCUGGCAAUCCCUCAGGGGGGUGCCCUUCAAUGAGAUGCCAGCGGAGAGUGGGGGCUUUGGUCCCCACCUGGAAAGGCGGUUGGCGCGACGGGUGGAGUGGCUCGCGUGGCCGCGCCAAGGAAAGGAUCCUGGCUUUUUCUUCCCCCGCUGGGGGAGGGAUAAGGGGAGAACGUGUCCAAGCGGCCAGCAAUACCAGAAUUCGGGAAGAACCAGGUUCAACGCCGAAUUGAGAGAGGCAGUCUGAUCGCGGGAGCUGCACCAGCCCGGUGUAGGGGGCCGAGCCUGCGCCAACAAAAGCGCGACAGGGGUGA